AUGGCUUCGCAAAGUGGAGAUGAAGCCGUCGUUAUUGACCGCGACGAUGUCAGUAACUACAAUCCCGAACACAUCUUGCCCGAGCCUCCCGAGGUGAUUCAAAAGCUCAGGGCCUGGCUGAAGCCCACCUCGUACGACCUCGAAAGCAGCGAGUACCACAAGCACCUGAGUUCGCACGCUCCGGGCACCGGCGAAUGGCUGACGAACAGUCAAUCCUACAAAGAUUGGCUGCUGGGCGAAGAUACCGGGCUGCUAUGGAUUAAGGGUAUCCCAGGAUCCGGGAAAUCGGUGUUGGCUUCAAGCAUCGUCAAGGAACUCUCUGCCAAUAACCCCGGGUGCCCAAUACUUUACUUCUUCUUUCGACAGAUCAUUGAUGCAAAUCAUGAACCGGUUGCACUUCUCAGAGACUGGCUGGACCAGGUACUGGUGUACAGCCCGCCACUGCAGAAGAAGUUGAAAGGAUACGUCGUAAAGGAGGGUUACCGCGACAAAACCCGAUCCCUUGCCACCAUGUCAAUGCAAGACCUCUGGGAAGAUCUUCGACUGGCGUUCUCUGGACUUCCCGGCAAAGUCUAUUGUGUCGCCGACGCUCUCGACGAGAUGGACCGUGGCAAUGAUGCUUUUCUUCAAGCACUAGCUGAGCUUGGCAGCUGGAGCCCAGGCAAGAUAAAAGUGCUUAUCACAAGCCGCCCAGUCCCUGCCGUUGAGGGUCCUCUGCGCCAUGCAAAGGGCACCCAGAUCCGCCUUCAAGAGACCGUUGUUGAUGCCGAUAUUUCGACUUUUGUACGGCGGGGUUUGAAGACUUCAAACAUCCCCCACAAUGAUCAACAGCUGAUCCAAGAGGCAAUUCCUGGACGGGCAAAUGGUCUUUUCCUCUACGCCAAGUUGGCCAUGGACGCCUUCCUCGAACGAGGAGCCAAUAUCAAGGCCGUGCUCAGGUCUUUGCCAGCUGAUAUGAACCAAAUGUACACCGACUUGCUUCACGAGCAUUCCCGCAGAUCCGGAGUCCCCGACGCCAUACAACGGCUGAUUCUGCAGUGGGUAACCCACGCGACCCGUCCUCUCAGACUCCUUGAGAUCGCUGAGAUGAUCAACGUCACCUACAACGACAUCGAACGAGACCUAAAGGCCACCAAGGACCUCGUCAGGGCUGCGUGCGGCCCUCUAUUGGAGAUCUUACCCGAUGAGACCGUCUGUGUCAUACACCAUUCCUUCACAGAGUACCUCAAGGGCACGACUAGAUCGCCUGAUGAUGAUGGCGGCUACCCGGUGCUUCAUUUCGGAGAGACGCAGGCCAGCCUCGGUUCGGCGUGCCUGACUUACCUGCUGUCCGGUGUCUUUGACGAAACCAAGGAAGCACAAGACACCAAAGACAUCAAAGUGAAGCUCAAAUACCCUUUCUUAGCUUACGCGUUGCGCAAUUGGCAUGUUCACAUCGCUAGAUCGACAACCGCGGGUCAUGAUCAGACUGACGUCAACAUGAUGCUGGAUAAGCUGAUGCGAGAUCCAGGCUCCACGGAUACCUGGAUUAAACUUCAGUGGUUCACCGUAGGCAAUGCCGACUCUGGGAUCACACCGCUCCACGUCGCAGCAAAGACGGGGCUUCUUGUAUACACAAGACACCUGCUUUCGUCUCCAGGUGUCAACGUCGAUGCGGUCGACGUCCACGGGAAGACUCCUCUGUGGUCGGCUGCCUCGAGCGGGAUGGCCGACGUUGUCCAGGUCUUGAUAGACGCUGGUGCGAAUCCCGAUCAAGAAGAGACUAACAGGGGUUGCAAGCCGUUGCAUGAAGCCGCCUCGAAGAACUACCCAGAGGUUAUCAAGGUCCUUUUGGGUGCGGGAGUUGACCCACUCACGAAGAAGACCAAGGAGAACCCGGGAAAUUGGUGCGGUAACGCACCGCGUUCCACCGGGCACACGCCUCUGAUGUAUGCUUGCCAAAACGGUCACCUGGAAGCCCUGGAGGCAUUUUUGCCUUUCCUCAGGGAUGAAGAAGCUCUUCAUCGAGCCCUGGCCUGGUCUGCUGCGGCCGGCCGAGACGACCUGGUCCGGCGGCUCCUCAAACAACCCGGAGUCAGCAUCAACCGUAAGGUCCACGGUGGGACACCUCUGUUCAUGGCAAGCCGGAGCAGACAUAUCAAAACAAUCAAACUCCUCUUGAAAGAGGGAGCUGAUCCUACAACAAGAUGCGAGUUUUAUGAAGAAUUUGCUGGUUUUGGAGCCAUGAGACCAUUCCGUAUUGGAGAUGAUGAACAAGAGGGCCAAUCCCGAGUCGUUGGCCUUACGGCUCUGUACGCCGCGCUCGAAAACUACUAUGGAAGAACGGCUCCAAAAGCUGAGCCAGACGAGCUCAAGAGCCUGCUAGAGCUAUUUAUCGAAAAAGGGGCCGACAUUCAUGAUCGGUCUCCUUCCGGCAAUUCUCUGCUACAUGUAACGACCGGUGAUCCCGUGUGGCUGAGAAUCCUGCUUGACGCAGGCGUCGAUGCCAAUGUCGCCAAUAGCAAUGGCUGCACUGCUCUUCAUGAGAAGGUUUCGGUCGACUGUCUGUCUCUGCUCGUGGAAGUUGGUAAGGCAGAUAUCAACAAGAGGGCAGCUUCCACUGGAAAAACGCCCCUCCUUCUGUCGCUCGUUGGCUAUUACACAGACACGACUCUCAAGCUCAUCGAGUACGGCGCCGACUGCACCAUCGUCGAUAACGACGGCAAUGGUCCCUUGCACAUCUCCUUGAAAUCAUCCAACUCCAAUCCCGAAAUCAUUGAAGCGCUAUUACGAGCCGGCGCAGACAUCAACUUGAGGAACAAAUCUGGGGAGACACCACUGGACGUCAUGUUCUCGCACAAUUCAGGAAUUUUUGAUCUGAUGAACGUCAUGAUUCGAGCAGGCGUCGACAUCAACGCAAGGGACAAGGAUGGCGCCACAUUUCUCUUGCGGACGAUCUCUGGGCGUGCCUCCGGAUCAGAAAAGGAUUACCAAGGUGCUAUCACGAAGUUCCUGGAGCGCGGCGCUCUGUUAGAAGCUCGAGAUUUCGAGGGCAGGACCCUACUUCACGAGGUAAUCAAGUCGGAACAAGGGGGGCGGGCCUCUUUCGGUCCAGCAGAGCCUGGACCUUCCCGCUUCGAAUUCCUCGUGAGUCUGGGUCUCGACAUAGAUGGCACAGAUUACCAGGGAAAUACUUUACUGCACGAAUUAUGCUGGCGAAUCAACACCGACUACAACACCAACGACACCAUCUCCAUGCUCAAGAUGCUCUUAAACUUGGGCCUUGAUGUUAAUCGGCCCAACAACCGUGGCCGAACACCGCUUCAUCGGCUUUGCACCAAGACUGACAGUGGUCGUGGCGUUGACAAGGAGGAGUCCUCGAUUGACCUGGUUAUUUCCCACAUGAAAGACAUCAAUGUUCGCGACAAGGAAGGGAUCGCCCCGUUACAUCUGGCUGUUACUGCGUCAGAGUAUCUCACCAAGAAGCUUCUUGACGCCGGCGCUGACCCUACGAUCGAGACAUACGAGGGUUUGACGCCGCUUCACCUCGCCGCCAGAUCUCGACAGGGCAACAUUGUGGGUAUGCUUCUUGACGCUCUUUGCUUACUGGACUCAGAUAAGCCACCUGGCAGCUCAACAAAGCAAGGAGACUGGUUAAAACGGUCGAGUGCCCGCCCAAUCACGGGAGUCAACGCCGCAGCCAAUGAAACAAUUGACGGAUGUGACUGCACACCACUCUACUAUGCUUGUCUCUCAGGACGACCAGAGGUCGUGUCUAUGCUGUUGGAGGCUGGAGCGGAUGUCAAGGGAGUAAAACUACGAUCCGUAGUCACCGGGUUCGAGGGAGAACUCGAACUCUGGCGUAGGAAAGUCCCCCACGACACGGAGAACGGAGCUUGUGGCGGUCUUACAAAGGGAGAUCUCACACGUCCAUAUGUAGGCUGCGUACGCGACGGAAGACAUAAACUCGAUCCCCUCGACGACACGGCAAGACUCGAGGAAAUCAUUCAGAUGGUCUUGGACCAUGGCGCUGAUCUGGCUGAGCGAGGUUUCUGGCCCAUGGACGACCGAGGAUAUGGGUCCAUGACUGACACAACAUCCGACUGUCGAGACUAUGCGCUAAAAUGCCUAUCGGAUGCAAGCAAAAAACAACCAUUGACAAGCUCAAAAGUUUCAUCACGGCGGAGGCAGAGAAUGCCCACCUUUGACGAGAAGCUCAUCCCCCAUCGGCGUGAAGCCAUAUCCAAAGCACUCAGGGAGCCUGGAGUCAUCGAAUCAGGCAAAGCAAAUGAGAAUUUGUUCAUCACGCGGCUCAGACGCCGUGAGUACGAUGUGAUGGAAGAGUUGUUCAAAUUGGGAGUUGAUUUCCUGGCCCCUCACAUGAACCACGGGCUCACCAACUUGGGCACCCUUGUCAAAGGAGGUUUUACGUCUCUGGUCAACCUGAUUGGUUUGCUCGAAGCUCAGAAACAAGUCGAAAAAGGCAUUUGGCCCGCUCCAGAUGAAGCAACCCAGCUUGGGUUCGGCCGCAAUAAGACAUGGAUUCACGACGUGCCAGACUACAUCAGUAACGAAUAUCGCAAACCAUUUCUGUUACAGGCAGUCCACCAGGAGUUGCCCAUGCUCGAUAUGGUCUGUCUUCUCGUGGAGAAGUUCGGCGUUGACAUGAAUGAGCUGCAUGGAGAAUACAAGCAGACUGACGAUGGAUACGAACUUGACUCGCCGACAGAUAGCGCUCUUCACUCGCUGGCCAAAGGCCACCACUGGUGGCACGUCGCCCAAGCUCUUCCGUACCUCAUCAGCAAAGGCGCAGAUCUCGAGGUCAAGAACUUCAAAGGGCAGACACCACUUCACAUGGCUUUGAGCACGGAAAAUGACAUCGGGUUAUUCCACAAGGACGCUGCUCGUCAUCUUAUCCUGGGCGGAGCAGACGUCAAUGCCGUGGACGAGACGGGACGAAGUUGUCUUUCUUAUGCACGCGGCGAGGUCGACAUGGCUCGUUUCCUAGUCGAACACGGAGCGACGGUUCAAGCCGAUGCAAUUUUUAGUGCUAUCAACGAGAAGCAACCCGACGUUCUCGAUGCUCUUUUGUCGGCGGGUGGUGAUGCCAACAUCCGUCUUAAGAAGAACUACAAAAAACCCUGGAAGAUACAGCAUGGGCGUUUUUUUCAUACGUGGACCAAGAGAGAUCUACCAGACGCCGAGUGGUACCCCUUGCAUCAUGUCGCAGCCAAAUCAGGACAGAACAUUUAUGACCAGGUGGAGAGGACAAAGUUGCACAAAGCAGCUCUCAAGUUGAUCCACGUCCUCUUGUCGCAUGGAGCCGAUCCCUUUGCUACUUUCGUGAGAUGCAAGGGGGAAGAUUGCUACCACAAAAAGAUUUAUGCCAGGCGAAACGCAGAAGACCGGUCUAUUGGAAUGCGCUUUGGCAACCUGCCUGAUGGAUACGCCUCUACGGUCGACCCGGACUACGCUUUCGAACCGCAUCUACACGAAGAGUCUGUUGUCUUGCACCAACUCCUCGCUGACGGACAGAUCGUGCAUCCCUUUUUGAAGUUACCGAAUAUCAACGCAAAUCAUCGAGACGGCAAUGGUCAAACUCUUCUCCUCGCUGCUUGCCGCUCCACGCGAGGCCCCGACGUGCCGCUUACUCUGCUCCCAGGAGAUCCAUGGGAUUCCAAAACAUCGACAGAGACAUCUCUUUUCCACCAUCUCGUCUCCCUCGGCGCAGAUGUGGAAGUACAAGACAACGAGGGGCAGAACGUGCUACACCACAUGCUUAGGUACCCUACGUCGCCUUUCUCCCAGCGAAUACCAGUCAUCACCGGGUCACUCACAUACGUGCUGGAAAAUCACCCGUCGAUUGUCAAUCAGAAAGAUCAAGAUGGGAAGACGCCGUUGUACUUGGCCAUCGAACGAGCCUUCUACGAGAAGACGACAACCGCAGCCAACGCACUGCUCAAAGCCGGAGCAGACCCUCUCAUCGCAGACAAAGAAGGCAACACCGUCUUGCACGUCCUAUCGCGCAUGCUCUGGGUCUCCCCCUUGCGGCCCCUUUUCACUACGCUCCUCCAGCGCGGGUGCGAAGUCAACGCUCGCAACUCGAAAGGCGAGACGCCGCUGUUCUGGUACUACGCGGGAUUCAGGGGCAAUUGGUACGCGCCCAAAGGUGGCCCGGAGAUAUACGACGAGGAGGGCGCAAUAGCGGCGUUUGAGGCGGCUGGCGCGGAUUUCGGGGCACGGGACGAUGCUGGCCAAAGCUUGCUACACGUUGCGGCGGAGGGUCACGUCGCCCGCUUCAAGACUCUGACGGCGAAGGGGCUGGAUCCUAUGCUAGAGGACCAUGGGAGGAAGACGCCGGUGGAUGUCGCCGCUGCGUGUGGGAACAAGGGGGUGCUGAGGCUCUUCAAGCGGGUUGAUGCUGCCGACGACGACGACGACGACGACGACGAUGAAUCGGUUGAUCGAACGCCGUAUUCUGAGCUUGAUUAG